AUGAUACCGUGGAGUAUAUUCUUGCUUCAUUCACUGCUAUCCUCUCUGCAAGGAUCUUAUUGCAAGCUUUCUCUUUUGCGAAGAACUUCAAGAAAUGAGUUUAAUGCAACUCGACAGAAAAGAGAUCUCGUAACAGCCGAGAUUCGAUCUGCCUCUCCUUGGUCGCACCUUCAUGGGGCCUUGACACGGAGUCCACCAGGAGGUUCAUGUCCUCAGGAGUGCCUUAAUGGAGCAGCCUGCACGGAGGCAGGUGACUGUGACUGUCAGUUAUUUCAGGCUCAAGGAAGCAGGUGCCAAAUUGUACCUAACACUGGUAAGGACCGAGAUGGGAUUUGCAAAUCAUGGGGACAGUAUAAUUUUGAAACAUUUGAUGGCAUCUACUACUACUUCCCGGGAAAUUGCUCCUACAUUUUUGCAAAAGACUGCAAUACUCCAGAACCCCAGUACACUGUUUGGGUUCAUAACAGUCCUCAGUGUUAUGGUUCGGUAUAUACUUGUCAGAGGUCCAUUAGCUUAUUUUUUUCAAACCAAGAAGAAAUAAUUAUUUCAGGACAUGAAGUAAGAAAAGAAGGAAUCAGAUUAAUGUUGCCUCAGACAGUUGGAAAUGCUUUCCUUGAGAGACUGGCUGACUAUAUUCUGGUGAAGACUACCUUUGGUUUUUCUCUUGCUUGGGAUGGAAACUCUGGUAUUUAUAUUAAGCUGACAGAAGAUCAUAAGGGAAAACCUUGUGGCCUCUGUGGAAAUUUUAAUGGCAAUAAAUAUGAUGACCUGAUACUGCAAAAUAGUGAAUAUACAGAAGACAUUGCUGAAUUUGCAAAUAGCUGGGCUGUGCAAACCUCAGAUGACAUCGCCUGUGUACCUACUGCCUCAGAUUUUCCCAGUCCUUGCUCAGCUGACACAGAACUCACUGAGGACAUAUUCUUCAAGUGCCAAAUAUUCCUACAGUUUCCUUUUCUCAGCUGUCACGAAAGCAUAGAUCCAUAUUCUUAUAUUUCAAGCUGUAUGAAUGAUCUUUGCAGAGUGGAUGAUGACGAAACGUACUGCAGGGCGGUGACAGAGUAUGCUAGAGCAUGCUCUCACGCUGGGUCCCCGGUGCGGGACUGGAGGGAUGACUUUCCUGCCUGUACUGAGAAGUGUGAAGACAGCUUUGUACACCGUGACUGUAUCAGUUGCUGUCCACCAACCUGCACAUUUGAAAAAGAUUGUCUCGGCAGCAACCUACACUGCUUAGAUGGCUGUUACUGUCCAGAUGGUCUCAUUAUGGAAAAUGGAACUUGUAUCUCUGUGUCGAAUUGUCCUUGUAUUUAUCAUGGAUCUGCCUUCCCUGUAGGCUCAAAAAUUGAACAAGAAUGUAGCAAAUGUAUUUGUAUUGGUGGCAUUUGGAACUGCACUGAUCAUGAUUGCCCAGCCGAGUGCUCAGUCACAGGCAGCUCUCAUUUCACAACAUUUGAUGGACGUCAUUUUACUUUUCUUGGGAUUUGCCAGUACAUUUUGGUAAAAGGCACUGGGAAAAACAAAUUCACAAUCACUUUACAGAAAGCACCUUGUGGACAAAACUUUGACCACGCCUGCAUUGAGUCUAUAACACUAGUUCUUGAAGACGAUGUGAGCAAACAAGUAACUCUCACAAGAUAUGGUCAAGUCCAAACUGGCCCUAACCAAGUUUUUAACCUUAAUGGGGCUAUUGAAAUUCAGAAUAUAUCUUCUUUGUUUGUUCAACUGAAAACUAGUUUUGGUUUGAAGAUACUGUUUGGUAAAGACGGAGAGAGAAUCUAUGUUCAAGUUGAUGUCAGCUGGAAGAGAAGAACAUUGGGACUAUGUGGAACAUACAAUGGGAAUUUAAGAGAUGAUUUUCUCAGGACGCUUGCAGUAUUGUAAGGGACCCCACAGCUUCAUGCCAAUGCAUGGAAGGUUUCCUCAGCUUGUUCUGUGCCUAUCAAUAUUCCUGUGGUUGAUCCCUGCAACGUUAAUCAGCAAAAUGCUGGGUAUGCAUCUCACUGUGAUAUCAUCAAUCAAGACGUUUUUGCUCCCUGCCAUGCCUACAUCAGCCCAGGAUUAUACUACCAGCUAUGCCGCUUCGACGCGUGCAAAUGUGGAAGCAGCUGCUUGUGUAAUGCUCUGGCACACUAUGCUUAUGUCUGUGGCAAACAUGGGAUCAUCGUUGACUUCAGAUCUCAUAUUUCUUACUGUGCUGUGAUGUGUCACAGUGGUAUGCUUUAUCAUCAGUGCUCUUCUUUUUGUAAACACUCCUGUGCUUCACUUUCUAUGGCAAAUAUCUGUGGCGAUGACUGUGCAGAAGGAUGUAAUUGUCCUGAUGGGAAAUAUUUUGAGGAGUCGGUCAACUUUUGUGUAUCAAUAUCUGCCUGUCACUGUCAUUACAAAGGCAAAGCCCUCCAGCCUGGAGAAAUCCUCCCUACACCAACAGGCUCCUGUCAAUGUUUGAAUGGAACAGUGAAAUGUAUUGAAGCCACUACAGAAAAUACAGUUCACAUGUGCCCUGAAGGAAAAAUCUACUAUGACUGCAGAUCGCCUGUACCUGGAUUGCCAGCAGCAGGUGUGAAUUGUGGGAUCUCCUGUGCAAACCUUGCCAUGAACUUCUCCUGUGUCCCCUCACCACCCUGUGCAAGUGGCUGCAUUUGCCCCCCUGGGAUGGCUGAGCAUAGAGGGAAAUGUUAUAUCCCUGACAGUUGCCCAUGCACCUGGAAAGACAGGGAAUUUCUGUCCGGGGAAGUGAUAGCUACACCAUGUUACACCUGUGUUUGUCGGAGAGGGAUAUUCAAUUGCACUAGUUACCCCUGUCCUGCUGUAUGCACUAUUUAUGGAGAUCGACAUUAUUAUACCUUUGAUGGAUUGGAGUACGAUUAUGUCAGUGACUGCCAAGCUUAUCUGCUAAAGAGCACAGAUAACUCAAAUAUAUCUAUAAUUGCUCAGAACAAAAAAUGCUUUGACAAUGAUAUUGUUUGCUCGAAGAAUCUUUUCAUCACUGUUGGAGACACUGAGAUUUAUUUUAGUGAAUCUUCUGAGAAGCAGAAGACAUUGAGGGGACAGGAAAACAAAUCUAACUAUCAGCUUUGGAAGGCUGGAUAUUAUACUGUGAUACACUUUCCAGAACAGGACAUUACAGUUCUGUGGGAUAAGAAGACAACAAUGCAUAUAAAGGUUGGACCUCGAUGGAAGGGUAAACUGGCAGGUUUGUGUGGAAAUUUUGACAAAUAUACUUCAAAUGAUCUGACUACAUCAAACAACAUGGAAGUGAGAAAUGCACAGGUGUUUGGAGACAGCUGGGUAUUAGGACAGUGCAAGAGCCCAAAUGAAACACUAAGACCAUGUGAGGUACAUCAGAGCAAGUUCCCUUAUGCCAAAAAGGAAUGCUCAAUUUUAUACAGUGAUGUUUUUGCACCUUGUCGCAAUGUGAUUGAUGUGACUUCUUUUGUGAAAAAUUGUCACACAGAUACGUGCAACUGCAAUCUUGGUGGGGACUGUGAGUGCCUGUGUACCAGUAUUGCAGCUUAUGCCCACAAGUGCUGCCAACAAGGAGCAGCAAUUCACUGGCGAUCUCCUUCGCUCUGUGCUUAUGACUGUGAAUAUUACAAUCAAGGUCUUGGCGAAGGACCCUAUAUUUUGGCAAGUUAUGGAGAGAAUGACACAAUUAUAGGAGCUAACGUAUCCAGUAGAAGGAUAUUUCCCCUGCCUAGAACGGGAGCAUAUGGAAAUGUAUUUUUCAGUUUCAUGAUAACUCCAGGUCUUUUCAAAGAUAAAUAUUUAUCUCUCUCUCUUGUUUCCCUUGAAUCUGCUGAAAGACCAAACUACUUUCUGUACGUACAUGACAAUGAAACCGUUGGGUUGGAACAGUGGCAGCCAAGUGCCUCCUUUCGGAGACGAGCCACCUUCUUCCACCACCACGGCCUCUGGAGUCCGGGGCUUAGCGCCUUUGAACUGCACAGUAAAAAAGGCUUUUUCAUCAUUCUCACUUCAUCCAGUGUUAAAGUGGCAAAGUACGAUGAUUCAGAAGAAUUCAAACGUUUGAGCAGCUUUAGUAUUGAAGAACUCGGUGCAUCUGUGCCUUAUAGAAGGAUGUGUGAAUGGCGAUAUGAAUCUUGUGCUAAUCCUUGUGUUAAAACGUGUAGUGAUCCUGAAGGAAUAGCAUGUAAAUUCCUUCCUCCGGUUGAAGGAUGCUUGCCAUACUGUCCCAAAAACAUGAUCCUCGAUGAGGUCACACUUAAAUGUGUUUAUCCAGAAGACUGCAUACCUGUGACUCCUACAGAAUUUUCAUUACCAAGUACAGUGAAGCCUUCUGAUGUACUUCACAGCACAGGCAACGAAUGUAAACCAAGAUACCUUGAACCUGUCGACAAAUGUAGCCAGUAUGUAUGUGUUAAUACGGGUUGGAUGCUAUACAACCUUUCAAGGAACUGCCCUAAGGAUGUGCAGAAGCCAGACUGUGGUUUUCGAGGAAUGCCAGUUCAAGUCAACACUGAUAGUUGUUGCCCAGAAUGGGAAUGUCCCUGUCAAUGUUCUGUACUGUCAGAACUGAGCGUUAUUACAUUCGAUGGAAACAACAUUGCCCUCUGCAAUAUGGCUUCCUACAUUUUAGUCAAGUUACCGGGAGAAAUUAUUGUUGCUCAUAUUGAAAAAUGUCCUGCUAAUCAGAGUGCAAAUUCAAUAAGAAAACUAGUUCCCCCUGCAAACACUUCAGGGCUCUGUUUUAAGAAAUUAAAUGUAACAACACACACCUAUAAAUUACUUAUCAAUCGUUUAGCAAGAAAAGUAGUAGUGGAUUCUGUAAUUCAAGCAUUACCAUUUUCAAAAGAAGGACUGAGUAUCCAGGAUACUGGUGCAAUGUAUGUCGUUAAUACCCCAGCUGGUAUUAGCAUCAAGUGGGCUCACGUUACAGGCAUCAUAGAUAUACAGUAUGGAUUACACUCUAACACAUCGAUGAAGACAGAAGGACUUUGUGGGGUGUGUAAUGGAGACCCUACUGAUGACCUGAAAACGCAAAACAGGACCGUAAUUACAAACAUGGAGGAAAUUGAAGUGUUCAUUAAGAGUUGGGAAAUCGAGAAAUCACUUGAUGUAACAACCAGGAGGCCAGUAAGAAACUGUACUGAAGAUAACUGCACAUACUGUAUGGAAUUGUUAAACAGAAGCAUUUUCACCCCUUGUCACAAGAAAGUGUCACCACAGGAGUUUUGCGAGAAGAUGUGGAUCAACAGUACUUAUUUUUGGAAUUAUGAGUGUGACGCACUUUCUGCUUAUGUGGCUUUAUGCAACAAGCACAACAUUUGCAUUAAAUGGAGGACACCCGAUUACUGUUCACUGAGUUGUCCUGAGGGCAAGGAAUACCAGCCUUGUGUGCAACCCUGUGAAGCCAAGACGUGCUUGAAUAAAUGGUUCUAUGAAGAUUCUCCCUGUUCCUAUUUAAGGGAAGACUGUGUGUGUAAAAAUGGCACUAUUCUGCAUAGAACAGACUCUGACCUCUGUAUACCUGAAGGAAAAUGUACAUGUACAGAUAACAAAGGACAACCCCGCUCUGCUGGGGAGAUCUGGAAUGGGUCCAUGAGAGGCUGUUGCAUGUAUAACUGUUUAGAAAAUGGAAGUGUUGUUGCUGUAGAACCUGAAUGCAAUGAGGAUCCACCACCAGUCUGUGAAAGAGAAGGGGAAGUUAUCGUCCAUGUCAUUGAAGAGAGAGCUUGCUGUCCAAAAAAAGUUUGUGAAUGUAACAUGUCAUUGUGUGAUGCUGCUAUUCCAACAUGCAAACCUAAUGAAAAAUUAGUGGUAGGCUACCACCCCCUGUCCUGCUGUCCACAGUACCGAUGCGAAUGUGAUCCUUCAGUUUGUUUCAAUGCUUCCCAGCUGGACUGCAGAGAAGAUCAAUUUAUUGUUGAAGCAAAACAGGAAGAUCCCUGUUGUUUCUCUUACCUCUGUGUUUGUGAGUCCUGUAUUGAGCCUGUUCCCUUGUGUAAUGAAGGGGAAAUUCUCACUGUAGACCUUAAUACCAUACAUUACUGUUGUCCUCAUUACUACUGCGUUUGCGAUGAGAAUCUUUGUUCGGAGCCCCCUAUGAAUUGCACAGAUGACAUGACACUUGUGAAGGAAAAAAUACCUGGGCAGUGCUGUCCAGAAUGGCACUGUGAAUGUAGCUGUGAAAACACUACUAUGCUGACCUGUAAAUUGGGAGAAGUUAAAAAAAUAGAUAGUAGCAUAUCCAGCGCUUGUGGAUGCACUCACUACAUUUGUGAGAAGGAUGAUGUCUGUAUCUUCCAAGAGGUGACAGUACUGAAUCCUGGGCAGUCAGUGGUUCAGUACUUGGAUGGAGACCUUUGUUACACUGUACAGUGUUUACAAGAAAAAGAUCAGAUCACGGGAUACAAUGCCAUGCAUUUUACAAUGGUGAACUGUUCCCAGCAAUGUGAAGCUCAUCAAAUAUAUAUGCCUUCUGCUAGUCACCAUACUUGUUGUGGUACCUGUCAAAAUGUGUCCUGCUCUUUUCAUACUGAGAAUGGAACACUAAUUGUGUAUGAGGAGGGAAGCACCUGGAGCUCCAACUGCACCAACUACAAAUGUGCUAAGACUGCAGCAGGGGCCAUCAUACUGGCAUCAAGUGUUGUCUGUCCCCCUUUUAAUGACACUGAGUGCACAAAGAACGGAGGAAUUGUGCAGACGUAUAAUGAUGGCUGCUGCAAGACCUGCAAAAAGGAAGAAAGGAUUUGCCAGAAAAUGACAAUCAGGACAACCAUAAGAAAAAAUGACUGUAUAAGUCAAAGCCCGAUAAAUGUGGCUUCUUGUGAUGGAAAGUGCCCGUCUGCAACAAUUUUCAAUGUCAAUAUUGAUAGCCAUUUGAGAUUCUGUAAAUGUUGUCGCGAAAAUGGAACACGUAAUCUGACUGUGCCACUACGCUGCUCAGGAAAUGGCACUGAAAUUAUGUACGUCAUUCAAGAGCCUAUAGACUGCUCGUGCCAAUGGAACUGA